AUGACUGUCAAAAAAUGUGGCAGACGUUUUCGUGACCUGGUUCAUAGGCUACCUCCCUACAAGCCGACUGGUUCAUUCCUUGUCACCGUUUGCAAUGGCGGUCUCAAUCAACAGCGAGGAGCAAUUGUCAAUGCCGUUGUCCUAGCACGCUUUCUUAAUUUGACACUUGUUGUUCCAUUCUUGAAAGCCCACCCUGUCUGGGGAGAUAGCAGCUCGUUUCAAGAUUUAUUCAACCUGACGCAUUUUGAAUCGGUGCUGAAAAGCUUCGUCAAAGUGGUUACAACCAUCCCCGAAGAGGCAAAACAACUCCCUAUUCAUGAAUUUAGGCCUCCUGAAGAUGCUCUGGCAACGUUGGAUUGGUACGUGGACAACGUUAAGCCAUCAGUCCAAAACAACAGCAUUGUUCUACUAAGUCCCUUCGCACGGCGCCUCGGAAACGUUCUUCCAGAACCGUGGCAACUCCUUCGGUGCAAGGUCAACUAUGAGGGCCUCAGAUUCGUGAAUUCCAUUCUUGUACUUGGAAGAAAGGUCAUACGGAGAAUGAAGAAGAUGUCAUCCAACUUCGUGUCAUUGCACUGGAGGUUCGAGACUGAUGCUGUUGCUUAUUCCAUGUGCGAAUACGGGGGUGGUGAGAAGGAGAAGCUGGCUCUAGAGGAAUACCGCAUAGAACACUGGGACAGAGCAACAAGGAAGCUUCGUGAAACACUUAAUCCUGCUAGUCAGCGAGUACUUGGACAGUGUCCAAUGAGUGCCAUCGAGACAGGAAUCUUCAUGCGAGCAAUGGGAGUUCGCAAAAGCUCAGCCAUUUACGUUGCUACGUUAGAGAGACAGCUUUUUGGUGGCAAUCAUAGCCUUCAAUCUCUGCGAUCCAUGUUUCCAAAUGCUGUGACGAAACGAGACAUUUUAACACAGGGAGAACUUGGUCCGUUAGAGGAAAGGGCAUCUGCACUAGCAGCUAUUGAUUACAUAGUCUCAACAGAAAGUGGCAUCUUCAUUCCAACCGCGACUGGAAAUUUUCCUAAUUUUGUUAUUGGGCACAGGCUUUAUUAUGGCCAGCGGAGCAUUCAACCGGACUUGAAAAAACUGGCAUUAUUAUACUCAUGCCACCACCUGUCCAAAGAGCACGAUAUGCUUGACCUCGUCAGAGCUGCCCACGAGGACCGCUUUAUUUACCAUGGGAGGUCACCAAAGAGCAACUUUUUUGCAAACCCAGAGGAGUGCCUCUGCCCGGCCUGA